GUCAUCUCGUUUUCAGCUUAUUUUGAAUAAUAAAAACCUUUCUCAAAAACAGAAAAGUGAAGUGGAUUCGAAUUGAUUUUUUUAGUAAAGUAAAUAUAUAGAUAGUUUAAGGCUUAAGAAGAAGUUGAGUUGGAGUGAGAGUGACUAAGAUGGCAAAAAAUGGCGCUGGGUGCCUCGAGACAAGUAUCAAAGGUCGUUCUUUUCUUUCUUUUAAAUCAGUGUAGAUAAAAAAAAGUGCUAAAUUCUGGUGGAUUUCAUUAUCGCUGCCUUUAUCACUCAUUCCUGACGUAUGCUGAGCGAUUUCAUCAGGCAGUGCUAGAAAAAUAACUUCCUGGAGAAGAGAUGAACACCCAUCAUGGAGGUUGUUCUUGAUGGUAUUAAGAAAUUCGGAGACACUCUCGUAUCCUGUGCAUUUACAGAAUGGAUUGGUCAGACAAUCAGCGAGUACCAGACUUCGCGAACCCUGAUAGUGGUUCUAAUUACUCUGCUUGUAAUUAUUAUUUUGGUAGGAAUUGUCUUUAUAAGAAAAUGGAAGAACAAAGAAUUCCUUCCCGAAGUGAAGGAAUUUGUGGGCGUUGGAAGCGGAAGACCACGAUUUCGAAAACGGGACAAAGUUCUUUUCUACGGCAGAAAAAUGCUGCGAAAAGUAAAAUCGAUAAGUGGACAGGCCGCGGGACAAGGCAAAAAACGAAGGGCAGUUAUGAGAUUUGCUAGGAGGCUGUUGCAACUCAAAAAGGAAACUGUUCCUCAGCAACUUAAGGUAUUAGAGCCUCCAGCGGAGUAUUUAGAGGAAGACUUAGGACCCGGAGAAAGAGUGCCUCCAGAUGCCUUAUACAUUCUCCAGAGCAUCCGAGUUUUCGGGCAUUUUGAGAAACCAGUCUUUCUAAAAUUGUGCAAGCACACUGAGAUUAUGAAUUUGCCUGCUGGAAGCUCCCUCUUCAGAAUUGGAGACCCCGACGAAAAUGUGUUCAUCGUCCAGCAGGGCUUAGUCAAUGUUUAUAUCACGGGAUCUGACGGCACUCAGAUUUCUUUGAAAUUAGUCAAAACUGGAGAAUCGGUGACUAGCCUUCUUAGUUUUACGGACGUGCUCACUGGCCACACGAGUACUUAUAAGACCGUUUCUGCGAGAGCUGUCGAGGAUUCGGUCGUCGUCAAAUUGCCGAUGAGCGCCUUUCAGGAGGUCUUUCAAGAUCACCCAGAUGCAUUCAUUCGAGUGAUCCAGGUGAUUAUGGUUCGUUUGCAGCGAGUGACAUUCACCGCUCUGCAUCAGUAUCUCGGCUUAUCAGCCGAACUAGUUAAUCAAGGGACUCACAAAAAGAACAAGAGUCCCUUUUCCGGCUCUCCUGUCCGAUCGAGAACGCGCGAAAAUUUCGGCGCCCAAACUUCCGAGACUCUCUUGAAUAGUUUUUCCUACUCAUCGGAACAGCCUGAAAGUUCUGAGACGCUACCAAAAGAGUCAAGCGGCAUGAGCAGUUCCCAACCGAUUCCCAUCCUAGUUAAUAGAAGAUCGAAGAACAGUCUCGAUUUGAAAAAUUCAUGCCCGAGUCCACAAAUGAGCCAAGCGACACCGGCCGAUAUGGUGCCGGAAUGUGACUCGCAUUGGCCGAACUCGUCUGUUUGCAGUGUCCAGACUCAACAAACGGGUUCUGCAGAUGCUCAUCAAUUUAGUGGACCAAGUAGGAAAAGAUCGACGAAUCAGGGAAUCCAGGAUUUGGACGAGACUCAGAUUAUUCAAAUUGCGACGGAAGCUUUUGUUAAGGAACUCGGGCUGGAGGAUGAUUCUCUGCUGGUUGACGGAAAAGUGCAAAUCAGGGAAGUGCCAACCGGGACCUAUCUUAUGAAGGAGGAAUCACAUAAGGUGGAUUUUGCGCUUGAUUGGCUGUUUCUGGAAAGUGGAAGAGCAGUUUAUCGCCAGGGUGACGAAUCAGAUUCGACUUUUAUCGUUUUAAGUGGUCGUUUGAGAUCCGUUAUUACGUAUGAAAAUGGAAAGAAGGAACUCGUGGCUGAAUAUGGAAAAGGGGACUUGGUGGGAAUCGUGGAAAUGGUGACGCAAACUCCAAGGUCGACGACUGUCAUGGCUGUUCGAGAUUCAGAACUGGCAAAAUUACCCGAGGGACUCUUCAAUGUAAUCAAACUCCGUUAUCCGAUUGUGGUUACGAGGCUGAUUAAUUUACUGGGACAUCGGAUCCUUGGAACCUGGAAACAGGCGCCCAAAACUGGGGGCAGUGGAACUCAAAGGGCGACAGUGGAUGCAAGGCCUUCACAAGUUAACUUUUCUACAGUUGCCAUCGUUCCCGUUUCUGAUGACGUUCCUUUAACUGCAUUCACUUACGAGCUUUAUCAUUCGCUUUGUGCGAUUGGUCCCUGUUUAAGACUCACUUCUGACGUUGUUCGAAAGACUUUGGGAAGUAGUAUAAUGGAGCCGAUGAACGAGUACCGAUUGACAUCGUGGCUCGCGCAGCAAGAAGAUCAGCACCGGAUUUCGCUUUACCAGUGUGACUCGACCUACACUUUGUGGACGCAAAGAUGCGUGAGACAGGCGGAUUGUAUUCUGAUAGUGGGCCUGGGUGAUAGGCCCCCGAGUUUGGGCAGAACGGAACGGGAAGUUGAGAGAUUGGCGAUGAGAACGCAGAAGGAAUUGGUGCUUCUGCACAAGGAGCAGAGCGGACUGAGGCCAACUAAUACAGUUGAGUGGCUCAACAUGAGAUCUUGGGUCUCUAGUCAUCACCACAUCCAAUGUCCCAAGAGAAUGUUUACCAGGAAGUCGCAGUAUCGAAUUAAUGAGCUCUACUCGAAAGUCCUGAUGUCUGAGCCGAACGUCCACAGUGAUUUUAGCAGACUUGCUCGAUGGUUAACUGGCACAUCGGUUGGUCUGGUUCUCGGAGGUGGUGGCGCCAGAGGAGCCGCUCACAUAGGAAUGUUGAAGGCGAUUCUCGAAGCCGGAAUUCCGAUUGACAUGGUCGGUGGAGUCAGUAUCGGUGCUUUCAUGGGCGCCCUCUGGUGCAUGGAGAAAAACAUUGUCACUGUCACCCAGAAAGCUCGCGAGUGGUCGAGGAAAAUGACUCAGUGGUGGAGGCAAAUCCUGGAUCUGACUUAUCCAAUGACCUCGAUGUUCUCUGGGAAGGAUUUCAACAAAACGAUCCAGGCGACGUUUGGCGACACCUACAUCGAGGAUCUUUGGCUUCCGUAUUUUACCAUAACGACCGAUAUAACCGCUUCCUGUAUGCGAACACACACACACGGAUCGGUGUGGCGAUAUAUUCGUGGUUCGAUGUCGUUGUCUGGUUAUAUGCCCCCCAUGUGCGACCCCACCGAUGGCCAUCUGCUCCUCGACGGCGGGUACGUCAAUAACCUCCCAGGUAUUCUGUGGAAGUACAUUCGAGCCAGUAUGAGUUUUGCUGGUAUCUUUCCUCCCGUUUGCGAUCCAAGUGAUGGGCAUCUUUUAGUCGACGGGUGUUAUGUUAAUAAUGUCCCAGCUGAUGAGAUGCUGAGACAAGGAGCUCAUCAUAUUUUGGCAAUCGACGUUGGAUCGCAGGACGAUACAGAUUUGACGAAUUACGGCGAUUCUUUAUCCGGAUGGUGGCUCCUCUGGAAAAGAUGGAAUCCUUUCGCAGAACCGGUUAAGGUUCCUAAUUUGCCGGAUAUCCAGUCGAGAUUGGCUUAUGUCAGUUGUGUGAGGCAGUUGGAAGAAGUGAAAAAUUCGGAUUAUUGCGAAUACAUCAGACCUCCGAUUGAUAAGUACAAAACUCUGGCGUUUGCUAAUUUCGAUCAGAUCAAGGACGUCGGAUACCAACAUGGUAAGACCUAUUUCGAGGGUCAGAAAAAGGCAGGAAUUUUGCCUCGAUUCAAUGCAGAUCGAGAAUACGCAAAACUUCUUCGAGCCAAAACUCAGGCUGCGAAUCAACAGUCGGCAUCUUCAUAUACUUUCACCGACUUGGCUCAAAUGGUCUGCAAAGUUUCGAGAGGAAAUCGAUACGUCGAUGUCGACCUUGAUUCGGAUUCGGAAAUGGAGGAAUACGAGGCAGAUUUGGAGGAAGAUGCCCAUGAAGUUGGAUACGCUUCUGAACCCACAGCUGGAAUUUUAGAUCAGAGUCCUGAUGAAAAUCGGCUGCGUAGAAGAACGGGAACUUCCCUGAGUCUCUCUGAUACGGAGGCAGAAUCGGAACCUGAAUAUCGUCACUCAAAACUUUUUUGAAUCGAUUUGAUCGAUUCCUUGUAUAUUUUAACCAAAACUACUAGAUUGUGAUUUUCUGCGUUGUAAAUAAGUGUCGAAUUAAGGAGAGAAACGAUGUGAGUAUUCGUAUUAAGAAAACAAGAGUAAAUGUCGAUUUAUCUCUUCACAAAAGCAUCAAAUGCAAUUACCCUCAUUACAGUGUACUCAGUGACAAAAAAAAAGACAAUUUCUGUUACCAUUACUACCAUUGUUAUAAAAGAAUAAAACCUAUAUUUCUACGAUACAGGUUUCUAAU